AAUUUUAUUUUCGCUGGAAAUGCGCCGACACAACUUCCCAAAGUUUUACAUGUCUGCGCCAAACAUUUCAGCGACAACUGUUUCCACAACUCGGGACAAUACAAAGCUGGCUUUGCUGGCCGUCUGCACUUGAAAACUGGAUCAGUACCAACUCUCUUGGGUCCAGCUACAAACCUCGGACAAGUAAGUCAACUAACGCUACAUAAUUGUGCUUUACUGUAUAUGUUUACCUAGCUUGUUACCCUUCGAAUGUGGCUGUAACAUCAGCUCUGCAGCUAGCAGCUAACAGCCCAGUUACUGUUGCUAAUGUAAAGGUAGAUAGCAUGAAAUAUCGUAUUUUCCGGAAUCUAAAUCGCUCUGGAGAAUACAUCGCACAAGUCGCAGUGGACUACAAGCCGCAGGACCAGGCAAACUAUCUAAAAAGUGCGGAAAAUAUGUGUGUGAAUACACACUGUAAUGCGAGUGUUGUACCCUUCUUUGUUAUUUGGAUAGCCGUUCUGCUGUUGUUGUAAUGGCGCAUGCGACAUCCGCCAUUCCCCUCAUUGAAAUGACUGCCUGUGCACCUUUGCAAACAAGGGUGAUCAGAUGAGACUAAACAUGCUUAGCUUCUAUAUUAUUGCACCUGGAAUAUAUACAAAGUAAUAAAUUGAUUACAAAUUUUAUUUGUCUCUACACAGGCCAGCACAUUGAGUGCAUCCAAUCAACUGCCUCUCUCACAGGCCUGCCAGACAGACCACCUUGAAACACGUACUGUAGGCACACAGCUAUCCUUGAAGACUCUGCAGUCCCACUAUAAAAGUAUUGGUGUCCAGGCAACUGUCUCCUGCAAAGAUGUUGGUGUUGGGACUUCCAAUGCAGACCCUUUGUGCCUGUCAUCGACACCUAUAAAGAGACCACCCAAAAGACCUUGUCUAGAUCUCGAUGAAGAGCUGGAGGACAAUCCAUUGGAGGGUAGCUCUUUGGUGGAAGCUUCAAAGGGACAGGAUUCCACUUAUGUUCCUUCAGACUACACCACAACAUCGUUAGACUCUACACAAAAGUCGGAAGCUUCAGCCACUACCACCCACAACAUCAAAAAGUACAUAUUGUACGAGAACUGCAUCAUGGAGCUGUUUAAUGGCUGUCCAGUCUGCACGCGGACAUGUGAUGUGAGGACCCAAAGGCUGGGGAGAUUCCUGUCUGUGAAGCAGCGGUGCCCCCAUUGCAUUUAGAAGACACUGGAAUAGCCAGCCUAUCCUUGGGAGCAUGCCAGCUGGAAAUCUGCACCUUUCUGCCGCCGUUUACCUGAGUGGUGCAUCUUUCAAACAAAUUGAAAAGGUCUUCAAGGCAAUGAAGCUACAGGUGUUUUGGUAUGAAACAUGUCGCCGCCAUGCCAGAGCUUUAAUUUAACCGGCAGUUAUUCACCACUGGAAAGUCACACAGGAUUUGUAUCUAAGUCUGGAGGAAAAAGUGAUACUUGGCGGUGACAUGAGAGCUGACUCUCCAGGCCACUCUGCAAAGUAUGGGAGUUAUAGAAUGAUGGAUCUCCCUACUAACACCGUUGUGGACAUCCAGUUGGUUCAGAGCAACGAGGUUGGUGGUAGCUACCACAUGGAAAAAGAGGGCUUGUCGAGGAGUCUAGCAUUACUCGAGUCGCGUGGCGUCAACUUUGAUUGCAUUGUCACUGAUCGUCAUCCACAAAUGCAGAAGUUCCUCAGGGAGAGAACCAUAACCCAUUACUACAAUGUCUGGCACAUGGCAAAAGGAAUUUCUAAGAAACUGGAUGCAAUCAGUAAGCUGGAAGACUGUGAGAAACUCAAAAAGUGGAUGAAAAGCAUCAACAACCACACAUACUGGACUGCAGCUGGCUCAACCUCAGGGCCAGAGAGAAUCGCAAAGUGGACCGCGAUCCUGAACCAUGUGCAAGAUAUCCACACACAUGAGGAUCCUCUUUACCCCAAGUGCAAGCAUGCAAUCCGCAAGACAACUGACAAGAGUAAAUGGCUCCAAGCAGAAACUACAGCUUACUACAAGUUGGACAAGUUGCUGACCAACAAAAGAACGCUGAAGUAUGUUGCAAAACUGAGCCCCCACCACCAAACGUCAUCGUUGGAGGCUUACCAUGCCGUCAUCCUUCGUUUUGCCCCAAAGAAUGUUGUCUUUACCUUUAUUGGAAUGCUGUGCAGACUCUACCUGGCUGCUAUGCAUUACAAUGAAAAUGCAAACCGACUACAGGCCGAAACGAAGGAAGGUGAACCUCUCUUCAGAAUCUACUUUCCAAAGGCUAGGAAGGGAGAGUGCAUAGCUAAACCUCAAAAGACACAGCCGACCUUUGGUUAUGUUGCUGACAUGAUGGACCUCCUUUUUGAGAAAGUCUUUGUCAAUCCUACGCCAUACACCGAUGCAAUGUUGGCCAUCUCUGUCCCAGAGCCCCUAUCAGCACUAUAUGAGAAGCUAGACAAGCAGAACGUCAUUGCUAGCUAUGUGUCAAGGUUCAAACGGGGGGGUGUUUAAACCCUACGUAGUGGCCUUCAUCAUCCAGAAACUCUGAGCGGAUGCGCAGGACCACACAAGCUGGAAUAACGACCCGGAUUCUGCUUCCAAGGAGGCCCCAGCACCAACUCACAAAUGAACGAUAGGAGAGAUACCUGUAACGACUGAAGAAUUUAUUCAAAUAUUUAAUCCUGCAGAGAUUUCUCAUUGUUUGUGUUGUUUUCUAAAUAAUAUUCAUAUGCUCCUAUGGUUCAGCUUUAAUGCUUGUCUUGUAAUCAUUUUCUGAUCAAUCUUGAAAUUGUCUACACUAUUGAAUGAAUAUUAGGCACAAGAUUUGUUGGUGUAAUAAACAGUCAAGACUUUAUUUUAUUAACUUUUGUAACAAAGCACAACUUACUUGUGUAUUCCUCUCAUAGUUAGAGGACCAUAGUCAGCUCUGUGUAUUUGGCUAGCAUUCUGCAGAGAGUAGACAUUGAGGCAGACAGGCUCAAAUCCAGGAUGGUCAACCAUACAUGUGAGCUGUUCUUCGACCUCCCGUAGUCUUCUAGUAACCUAAUUAGAAUUAGAAAUGGUAGGUGUCAGUAUAAGUAGUUAUCAAAUGAAGAGACAAAGUAGUUUCCUAUUUAGUGGUGAGAAUGCUACCUGAGGUAUCUCCAAGCAGCAAAUGUUCUCUGAUUCUGUUGGCAUGGUAGCACAUUUUCCACAAAGGCACCUAUCCAAAAAGGUACAUGUAAUAGUGGCUGACUAAUAAA